AUGCGGCUUCUGCCAAUCGAACGAGGCCGUGGGCUGCACUUCACAUGCACGUGGACAACCUCCAACCCAAGCCCAUGCUGCCCAGCCACCCUAGCUCGACCCAGAAUUUGGGGUAUCACCUCUUGGACGGAAACGGCCAGACAACUCUGUGUGUGUGUCUCUCUCUCUCUAGCGCUCACAGUGUUAAAGUGCUAUAUUGGUGAUGGGAUUCCAUGUGAACAAUUCCUGUUUUUGGGUUAUCGACUGACCAAGAUGAGGUAA